CAAACAAAACCAUUUCGAGUGCAUCAGUCCAUUUAAAAAUUAUAACCUUAUUUUUUUAUUUUUUAAAUAUUUUUUUUUUUUUUUUACUUUUCUUUUUUCGUUUAAUAAUUCGAUUCGGCUUUGGCCAGUGACUUUAGUUUAAUAUAUGGGCGUAUAAAUUGUAGAAUGCAUUGCUCAAUACACCAGACGACCGAAAGAUGGCGCGGGGCAAAGUGCUAUGGUUAUCCGUUUUGCUUCUCGGCUCGGUUUUGGCUCAGCCGGUGCCGGAACCACAGUUCCCCUGCCCGUGCCCGUGCGAGCCUCCCUGCGAACCCCCUUGUCCGUGUCCACCCCCUUGUCCCUGUCCACCCCCUUGUCCUUGUCCGCCCCCUAGUGACCCCUGUGACCCGAGUAAUGGAGGUCCAGGGACUAUACAGAUUGGACCGUGUGACCCGUGCGAACCGAGAGUUAGGUUUGCAAACGGACAAGCGCCACCUAAUACAAUAAUAAUAAAACCAGGGCAGAUUCGGUUCCCGACUCCACCACCAAUUAUCGUCCGGCCCGGCGCCAUCCGACCACCGGGCCCUGGUCGGAUCUUCGUGAAACCAGCUCCGAUACAACCGGAUCAAUUGCCUCCUAUAACGGUCAAGCCACCCUGUGUACAGCCACCCCAACCACCACCGAUAUGUGUGAGACCACCGGCGAUUAAUCCCCCACGACCACCCCCGAUCGUGGUCAGACCACCCCCAGUACACGUGCCCAGAUUGCCCCCCAUAAAGGUACAACCCCCACCUGUUCAACCACCUAAUCCAGAUGGCCUCAUCGUCAAACCACCCAGAAUAAUUGUCCCCGCCCCACCAAUCAUCUGCUUCAAGCCAAAUCCCCCAACUUGCUUUAAAACAAUCGGUUGUGCCUGCGUGAUACCAUGUCGAUCUCAAUCUGAUCCCUGCCAACCCCCUUGUGAUGCCUUCAAACCACCAUGUGACCCCAGCCAACCCCCAUGUGAUCCUUCUCAACCCCCAUGCGAUUCUUACAACCCGGGUGACCCAUACAACCCUUGUUCUCCCCCUUGUGAUCCUUGCCUGCCCCCAUGCGACUCUUGCCCGCCCCCAUACAACCCUUGCCCGUCCCCAUGCAACCCUUGUCCGCCCCCAUGCAACCCUUGCCUGCCCCCUAGCGACCCGUGUUACGGAUAAUAUGUAUAUUAUUUAAAAUUAAUUAUCUAAUAGUAUUUAUUUAUAUGUUUUAAUCUAUAUUUAAACUACAUUUGUAUAUUUGUGUGAGCAAACGAAAUAUAGUACGGGUACAUUGAGCAAUUAUAACUAAA